AUGAUGGUAGAACCAGUAUCAGUCAUUGUUGGCAUAACUACUGUUAUAAACCUUGUUUCAAUAGGUGUAAGUUGGUUUAAAAAAUGGAUAGGUAUAGACUCAUCUGCAGCAACCACAUUAUUAAUACCUGUAGCAACAUAUCCAUCAGUUAUAUAUGCAUCUCCAAUAAUAGAAGAUACUGCAAGUAUACUUGAACAAAAAAUAAUUACUUAUUCUAUCACUUAUUAUUCAUUUUUUCGAUUGAUAACAGAAAAUGAAUAUGAAAAUUUCAAACGAAAGAAAGAACCAUUACAAGAUUUUGAAUCAAAUGAACGUACAUCUUCGUCAAAUCCUGGUUCAACUAUUAGUUUAAUACUCAUUAUUGUGCUUAUUCUUGCAGUUAUUGCUUUUGUUUUCUAUCGAAAACGAGCUAAAUUACAAGCAAAUAGAUUUAGUUUUCGACAAACUGAAAGAAAAUUUGAAUCACUAACUAGUCCACCAACAUCACAAAUAGAACCAAAUCCAACUUUUGUUUGA